UUUCCGAAAAUAUGUCGAAUAAAAACGUCACAGAAGACGAAGUAGAUUUUACAUCAUGUAUAAAGCCACUUAAUUCGGUCUCUUCUAAGAAUUCUGCUGAGAGUCUACUACAUGUAAAAAAUCAUUUUUCUACCAAUGCACUUGUCUUAAACAAUGUUGAAAAGAAGAAGCAAAACUGCUGAAAAUGGAAUUUUCCAGGAAAACAAUAUUUCCCAGGAUAACAAGUCACAAGAUAAUGCUACAAAGCCUACCUGUAUCAUGUCCGAGAAGGUACCUGCCAUGCUGUUGGACUCUUGGCUCUACCACGAUGGCAAUGGCUUCUACUACUGCACUAGAUGUAUCACCCAAGAUAAAAGAUACUUGAGCUGUUCAGUGCCUAAGUGUGAGGCGCGGGGGUGGAUGACUCUGGAGCGGGGGGCUCCCAUCACUCUUCGCCGGUCCCACAACCACGGACCCCAGCCCCCCCACUAUCUGCAGGAGCUGUGGUUCUUCCAUAGACUCAAGCUGAGAGCACAGAGGGAGGUGGACAUUCCGUUCUCCAAGAUAUAUCAGGAGGAAGCCACUAAGAACCCUGAAGGAGCUGCCUUGAUCUCGGAAACAGAAGCCAUCAACCUGUUGGAAAAGUUGUUUAUGUUCAAUGUAGGGGCAGUAGAGUCUGGUUCUGAUCCAAAAUCCAUAAAACGUGUGACUGUGGAGCCGAGCGACAUGGUGAACGUUCCGUGCACUCAACCGGCAGAGAAGCUACCCGCUCCACAGUUGGACAAGGAGUGGCACUACCACGACGGCCAGGGCUUCUACUACAUUGUGGACAAGCACCUCAAGAGCAAUGUGAUGAACCUGAAGUGUCUUAGCUACCACUCGUGCCCUGGCCGGGGCUCCCUAACGGUCCAGGCGGGGGCUUCCAUCCUCCUCAAGGUCAGACAUAACCAUGAGCCAGACCUGUUGUACCGUGAGAUCUGCCUCUUCUCUCACACUGUCAAGCGGAGAGCCAGAGAUGAGACUACUCCCAUCUCCACAAUUUACACUGAAGGGGUUGCUCUGUACCCAGCUGCCGCAGCCACCAUGCAAGAGAGUAAAGUGAAAGAUAAACUUAUCAAGAUAAGGAAGUGUAUAAAGGGUCAACUGGAUUUGCCUUCAUACAGUGAUGAUUAUGGUGAUAAGGACCUUUACUAUGGGCAGUGCCUGAAAGAGUCUGAAGUGUUACAAGGACGUUACAAGCCUGUGUACCAUGACAGGAAAGGUUACUACUUCCUGGAGACGUUCUCUUCUGACAGCCUCAGGUACCUGAUGUGUGUUGAGCCGCACUGCCUUGCUCAGGCCAAGAUGGCUCUGGAGGACAGUGCUCCUGUACUCCCACAGGUCACCUCGGGCAGUCACAACCAUGCUCCGGAUCUGCUACGGGCCUCCUGUUUCUCUUUCCUAGACUCUCUACGGCACCGGGUGCGCUCAGAACUCGGCAAGGACGUAGAUGCCAUCUACAGGGAAGAGUGUGACAAAGAGCCAGUGGUGGCUGCUCAGUUAUCGAAGAAUUCUUUGCUGAAGAUUUUGUUGGAAAUUCGUCAUGAUGAAGAAAGGGGAAUUGACACGAGAAUACCCAAGAACGAAAAUGACAACCAAAUUGAGGAGGAGGAGUUGUGGUGUAGUGACGUGCCGGCUGAAAGGUUACCAUGUGAACAAUACAGAGGGUGGGUCUACCAUGACUCCAGAGGCUACUACUAUUGCUGUCAUCGUACUGUCAACAAAAGGAGACAUUUGCGAUGCUGCGAGAAGCAAUGUGACGCAACUGCCUGGCUCGAUGAAAAGCCUGAUGCUCCUGUGAGUCGUGCGAGAGGUAGCCCUCUACACAACCAUGCGCCGAAUAAGCAUUGGUGGACUCUGCUGAAGUUCCUGCACAGGGUGACGACCAGAGCUCAUCAUGAAUACCUCCCUCUAACAGCAAUAUUCGAGCAGGAGGCCAAGACACAUCCAGAAGGUGCGGCUUUGAUACCACAACACAAAGUCAGAGAAACACUUUAUAAACUCACCGUCAACAAAUAUUUUAAGGAUAUAAGUACAGAAGAACUUAAUCCAGGGGUCAGAAGGAUUGAUGAAUUGUUUCAAAAUGAUGAUUAUUCCAUGUCACCAUGUGAGGUGUUACACUCUGUGCACUCUGGAAAGCCAAUAUAUUACAACGGGUCUGGACAUUACUAUAGAAGUCACCAAGAGACCUCAGACAGGAAAUACCUGCUGUGUGUGAAGCCCUUGUGCAGUGCAAGAGCAUACGUUGUGCUGUCAAACCCCUCAAACUUCUUCGAGUCAUCAUCGCCCAAACACAACCACGAGGCUGACCUCUGCUAUCGUGACAGGCUUGUGUUCGUCCAUAGCGUGCGCAGUCGUGUCCUUAGUGAGGCCACACCUGUCGAUACCAUCUUGGAGCAGGAAGUUAUGUUGACACCACACACUGUGAAAUCUCACGGAGCAGCAGACUUGUCUAAGGAUCCUUCCAUCAAAAACAUGAUGUACAGAUUACGAAAAUCCAAAAAUAUUGAGGAACAGUUAGAAGAUCAUGUUAUAGAAGACAUUGAUGACAAGACAGACCAAGAGAGUAUCAUGAGUGAGGAUUCCUACUUGAAUUUGGAUGAGCUAAAGGACAGGUGUAAUGUGGAUGAUGUCAUCCAUGAGAAUGGAUCUGUGGAGGACACAGACUGGGAACAGGAAUACACGGAGGAGGAAUAUUUGGAUGAGGACAGACCGGAACAUCUGGACCGUCAAAAGGACGAAAAACUUAAAAACAACUUGAAGAAAGAGUUGACAAAUAUAUUCGAGAAGCCUUACGGCAAAUAUCCACCUUCGGAGAAACUGGCCAGUCGCAGCAAAAAUUCUAUAGUCCAUAAUGGGGAGGGAUAUUACUACCACUACGCCUAUGCCAAGGGAGAUAUUCAGUACAUGCGGUGUACUGAGAGCCAGUGUAAGGCCCGCGGGUGGAUGCCUUCGAACAAUCCUGGUGAGCCGGUCAUCCCUACCAGGGGUAGUCCCGUACACAAUCACCAGCCCAACUUCACCCGGCGCAAGCAGCUUCUGUUUGUACACAGGUGCAAGUUGCGAGCUGCAAACGAGACUCUGUCGAUAAACGAGAUAUGGGACGCUGAAGCUGCUCGAGAUCCUGUGACUGCUAGUCAGGUGUCUGCUCAGAAUGUCAAGUCUCAAAUGAAAAGAUAUCGCUCGGAGAGUACUGAUGGUCCAACCACCUUAGAUUCCGCAAGGUCCUGCAAUGGUGGAGAACAAUCUAAGGAUGCAGCUGAUGUUAAACACAACUUUGCCAAAAAUGAACCAGAUGAUAUUGAUGGGGAAGUCGCCGAGAGAAUUCCCUCCCUGGGCGAAGACACGUUGUGGCACGUGGCCGGUUACUUCUACUCCACCUACAAGACCAUUGGGAGUGUAGAGAAAGUCGCCUGUGUGGAGAAGGGCUGUGAUGUCAAGGCGGAAGUGACAGUGCCAGACGAUGGAGAGCCAAGUCUCCGAUUGGAGGAGAACAAGAGACACUCCCAUGUGCCGGACUGGCACCGUCGCAGAGAGCUGCUUUUCAUCGACCGGUGCAAACGUAGAGCUGUUACUAGCCAGCAGACCGUUAACGAGAUCUACCGUGAGGAGGCAUCCAAAGAGCCAGAAGUUGCAGGCAAACUCAGCGCAGCGAGAGUCAAACAAGCUAUGGUGGCAGCAAAAAGAACCCACAAGAAUAAGAUGGAUUACAUAAUGGAGGAGGGACAAGAUAAUGAGGAUGAAGGGCUGGACGAGGACGAGUCUGCAGCGAGUCAAUCAGAAUGUCUCCUGAGUCAAGAGGAUGGAGGCAUGGUCUACCACGAUGGCUCAGGUCACUUCUACAAGGAACUCGCUGUGGAGAAGUCCAUCAGGUUACUGAAGUGCCUGGACUGUGCGGUACAAGCUAAGAUGGCUCUGACACCCGCCAAUGCUCCGAUAGUACUCUUGGACAGCUCGGCUCAACAUUGUCACACGGCAGAUCUCAACCGUCUCAGUCAUAGCUCAAAUGCCAAUUCUGAACCAAAGAAGCCCAGGCCCAGGCUAGGGCCCAAGUCGGUGAAGUGCCAGUUGUCUGAUGAAGAAGAAAGAGACAGUGACGUGGACGCUCAGGCUGACCAGAGGUACACGGACUACGUCACUCUGGAGGAUGAAGAGGACAACUUUGACCAGGAGGCGAUGAACGUUGAUGAUGAUCCUGACUUUGAGCCUUCGCCGAGGAAGUCAGAUGAAUGUACAAAGUUGUAUCAUGAUGGCAAUGGGUACUACUAUAUGCUUGUGAAAGACAAAAACGGAAGGAAGCUACACUGCAAGACGAGAUGUGGUGUGACCGUCGCUCUUGGGCCGAGGGAGAAGCCUCUGACCAGACUGCUCAACUCCAGUAUUUCUCAUACACAUCCUCCAGUCCAGCUGACCCCCAGAAGCAAUGUCAGGAACAGUUCUGAUGAAUCUGAUAGUGAAGACGAGUAUACCCAGGAAGAAUAUUUAGAUGAUGAUGACAUGAUGGAAGGGAAACCCUCUGAGCUGGUGCAUGGACGUAGGCCAGGCAGCUACAACUUCCACGAUGGGAAUGGGUUUUACUACAAGACACAUAUGACUACUGACCGACACAGGUACCUGAACUGCGUGAUGCAUGGUUGUAAGGCACGUGCUUACAUGCACAAGGAUCGGGACAAUGCUCCAAUUUUCCCACGACCUACGUCCUGUGAACACAACCACCGGCCUGACUUUACUUACAAGAACUUCACCUACUUCCUGGAGAAGUGCAAGACCCGUGCUCUCGAGGAGGAGACCCCCAUCAAGCAGAUCUACGAGGAGGAGACUGCUCUAGAUCCAGUAUCUGCUGGGAAAAUAUCAAAAAUAAACUUGAUCCAAAGAAUGUCACGAAUCCGGGCUGGUUUCACAGGAACCAAGUCAAUGCCACCCACUCAGAUUUUGCUUGAUCCGGCUGAGGAGGCAAGGAAAGAUGGACAGUCAAAGCUGUCAGAGUUUUUGAUGGACCCUUCUGACAUUCAUAAGGAGGACUUCACUGAUUUUGAAGAUAACAGUCAAAAUGAGCAAACUACUUUCAAAAGUGAGGCGAAGGGUGGAAAGAUAGGAGAACAUGGCAGCACACCCCAGUCAGAAGUAUUGCCUGGUUUACGCCCCAACUCCAGCAUGUACCAUGAUCUCCAAGGACACUAUUUCAUUUUCAACGCACUCAAAGAAAAUAAAAGGUACCUCCGUUGUAUUGAGCCAACAUGUCGAGUGCGAGCCUCCAUGCGGCUGUACGAUGGAGCUCCGAUAGUUCUGCAGCGGUGACUCCGUACACAACCACCGAGCCGACUUCCGGCACAAGAACU